GUGUGAUUCCUUUUUCACGCCUGGCGCCGGUGGAAAAUAAAAAAGCUACUUGAAUGUACAGCAUGAUGAUGGAGACGGACUUGCACUCCCCCGGCGGAGCCCAGGCCCCCACGAACCUCUCGGGGCAGACCGGAGCGGGAGGAGGUGGUGGAGGCGGCGGUGGCGGCGGCGGCGGCGGAGGUGGAGGGGGGAACAAAGCGAACCAGGACCGGGUCAAGAGACCCAUGAACGCCUUCAUGGUGUGGUCGCGGGGCCAGCGGCGAAAGAUGGCCCAAGAGAACCCCAAAAUGCACAACUCGGAGAUAAGCAAGCGCCUAGGGGCCGAGUGGAAAGUCAUGUCGGAGGCCGAAAAGAGACCGUUCAUCGACGAGGCGAAGCGGCUGCGGGCGCUGCACAUGAAGGAGCACCCGGAUUAUAAAUACCGGCCCCGGCGGAAGACCAAGACCCUGCUUAAGAAGGACAAGUACUCGCUGGCCGGGGGGCUGCUGAGCGCCGGCUCGGCCGGAGGAGGCCCGGCCGGCGUCGGUGUGGGCAUGGGCGUCGGCGUCAGUCCUGGCGGCGUCGGGCAGCGGUUGGAGAGUCCCGGCGGCACGGCCGGCGGCGGCUACGCUCACAUGAACGGCUGGGCCAACGGCGCCUACCCGGGCUCGGUGGCGGCGGCAGCGGCGGCAGCGGCGAUGAUGCAGGAGGCGCAGCUCGCCUACGGCCAGCACCCGGGCAGCGGGGGCCACCCGCACCAUCCGCACCCCCACCACCCGCACCAUCCGCACAACCCGCAGCCCAUGCACCGCUACGACAUGGGCACUCUGCAGUACAGCCCCAUCUCCAACUCUCAGGGCUACAUGAGCGCCUCACCCUCGGGCUACGGCGCCCUGCCCUACGGCUCCCAGCCCCACCAGAACUCGGCGGCGGCGGCGGCGGCAGCGGCGGCGGCGGCGGCCGCCUCUUCGGGGGCGCUGGGCGCCCUGGGCUCUCUGGUGAAGUCGGAGCCCAGCGUGAGCCCUCCCGUCACCUCGCACUCGCGGGCUCCGUGCCCCGGGGACCUCCGGGAGAUGAUCAGCAUGUACUUACCGGCGGGAGAAGGCGGGGAUCCUGCGGCAGCAGCCGCCCAGAGCAGGCUCCAUUCUCUGCCCCAACACUACCAGAGCGCCAGUACGGGGGUGAAUGGCACCGUCCCCUUGACGCAUAUCUGA